AUGAAUCCAGCAGGAGAACCGACGGGAGACGCGUCCGCAACAUCUCAACCUCUUCGGUCGUCGACGUCAGAAGAGAGGGAUGGCGAUAAUCCGGCGCCUAAGAAACCGAUCGUUCGGAAACGAACAAAGACGGGCUGCCUUACCUGUCGGAAACGCCGAAUUAAGUGUGAUGAAGGCAGACCGACCUGUAAUAAUUGCUUGAAAUCAAAGCGGCAGUGUGAUGGAUAUAACCAACGAGUCGUUUUCAAAGAUCCUCUGGGUGCAUUUGCCAACGCCCCCUUUGGGCCGAUACACUAUCCAGCUCCUUCUCCCCAGGCAUUGGUAAGAGAGCAGCAGCUAUCGGCAGCGCAGCAAAAGUCUUCAUCGCAGGCCUUACAGAUCAUUGCCCCUAAACCGCCUAUGGGAUACCCUCAAAUGCCUGGAUUCUACCCCGGCCAAGUUGGACAAAACACGUCACCUAUGAACUUCGACCCCAGCGGACUCGGAUCUCAUCCUUCCCAGUCAAAAUAUACCUUCUUUCCACCGACCACUGUCGACGCAUUUUCACAACAACAACAACAUCACCAGUGGAGGCAAGAACAGCCUUCGAAUUUCGGCCAGCUACCAUCUUCUAUUGCUCCUGAGAAUAUUGCCCGGAAUGGUCCCCCUAUUCCACCUCCGCAACAACAACAACAACAACAACAACAACAACAGCCAGGCAAUGUCCAUCUAGAUAAAGGCAAGGCUCGUGCCGAACUUGAACAACCUAUCCAAAUUACGGAGCCUGUAUACGAGGAAUGGGAAUACCCCGUGUCGGACGACGAGUCUAUGGCAGAGUCGGACGAUAUACUAAUUAGUGAGCGGCGCACUUCUCUCGACUUCAACGAAUUCGGAGUAGUUGCCUUCCAAAGGCUCGACCAGCCAUACGACAUAUUCGGAACUCAGACGAGAACGUUCUCGGCUUUCGCUUCCGAUCUCACGACAUAUGAACCGUCGCCGUCCAAUUCUCCCUUGAGCGAUAAACAAAUAGCAGGAGUAUUCUGGCAUUUCGUAAACGUGACCGGACCUAGCAUUUCCAUGUAUGAAAGGUAUCCUAUUGAUCCGUCGCCGAUCUUCCAGGGCCAACCUAUACCUAAGUCUCGUCAGCAUAUUUGGACCUAUACGUUCCCGGUUCUCUCUUUUACUCACCCGGCUCUCCUUCAUGCCAUACUCGCAAUCGCAAGUUUACAGGUUGCAAAACUUCAAGCUGUGCCACCUACAGCAUCUCUCAAGCAUUAUCACCUGGCUUUGAGGAGAAUCGCGCGGAACGUGAGCCGACCGACAAGGCGGGCUCAGCCAGCAAACCUGGCAGCAACACUAGUAUUGGCAUUUUAUGAAGUGUGGAAUUCCGACCAUGACAAAUGGAGCAGACAUCUUCUAGGAGCGCGGUUGAUCAUUAAAGAAGUGCCAUUCGCCGAAAUGACUCGCGCCAUGAUGAGAAUUAAAUGCCAGCAGAAGAUCCAAGAAGCGCAACAGCCUCCGAUGGACGCUUUUGGGAUGUUCGCGGCAUACGAGGAGACGGGUCCCUUGCAUAAAGACUGGGACCAGCUGGACGUCCCGCUACUGAGGGAGAUAACCGGCAGGGAUAUCUCGUUUGACGAGUUAGGGAUGGUCCCCGAAGAGCGCAGCGCGUACCCCAGGUCGAGGUUCCAGCAGACGGAUAAAGACAUGGAAAAUUACCAACAGUUGAGCGACCUCUUCUGGUGGUACUGCAAACAGGACGUCUACCAGAGCGUCCUGGGCGGAACAAGGCUAUUCCUCGAUUACGAUGCAUGGACUCAAUGUCCGCCACGAGCCCCAAUAGGAAGACUAGAUGCUAUUUAUGGCACGUACGACCACCUCAUGCUAUUGCUUGGCCGCCUAGCAAACUUCACGUCGAAGGACCUAAGCCGAAAACGGGAAGCCCUAAAAAAAGCAGGCGGACCCGGCGCGAACCCCGGCCGCGGGGGUUCUCCGGGUAUGUUUCCGGGCAUGGUACCCCGACACCCGGGGACGGUAACGGUGCCGAUGGGGUUCACCCCUCCGAGGGAGACGUCGCCGUCGUCAUCAUCAGGUGAUGGGAGCCCCGAGAAUAUCGACCUCGACGCUAGUACCGCCGAGGCGUAUCGCGAGUGGGAGGAGAUCCGGCGGGCCUUCGAGACGCUGCGGAGCCACUUCGGCCCGGAGUUCGAGGCCCUCGGCACCGACGUGUACCCGGCGCGGGCGACGCCCUUCGGCCUCGCCGCCCACUACAGGACCUACUCCAUCGCCGGCGUCUGGAUGAACUACUACAUGGGCCUCAUCGUGCUGCACCGGGCCCACCCCACCAUGCCCCCCGUCGCCAUGGUCGCCGCCGGCAUCUCCGCUCGCACCACCGCCUCCUACUGCAUGGAGGUCGGCCGCAUCGCCGCCGGCCUCGAGGAGAAUAUCGCGCACCUCGCCAACGUCAGUACGCUUAUGGCGGCUGCGCUGAUCGAGUGCUGUUUUCCGCUGUUCGUCGCAGGGAUCCAGUACCACGACGACUUCCAGCGGCAAUGGCUCAUCCAGCGGCUGCACGACAUCGCGCGGCUGACAGGGUGGCAGUCGGCGCGGCAGAUCGCGGUGGGGUGCGAGUCGUCGUGGACGAAGGCGGCGCAGCUGGGGCGGGGCCCGGCGUACGCGCGGUCGGUGAACCUGAACGCGGAGCCGCCGGGGUCGGUGUGGGUCAGCGCGCGGCGCAUCGACAGGCGCAUCCAGGAGGAGAGGGACCACGGCGCCGGCGACGAGUCCAAGAUCGUGCUCGCCAAGGGCGAGAAGGCCUCCUACGCCAUGGGCCUGCUCGCCGUCGAGCACGACCUCGAGAAGCUCGACCUCGAUGCCAGCGAGCUGGAUCGCCGGUGA